AUGUUUCCUCCAGAACUCGCCAUACACGUCUGUUCCUUUCUAGAUUCACAGACAGACAAGCAGGUUCUCCUGAACUGUGCCCUGGUUGAUUCUACCUGGCUCUCAGCGGCUCAGCCUAUCAUCUUUAGGGAUCUAACUCUCAAUCUGACCUCUCCUCGUCAUGAGGAUCAUGAAUACCUUUCCGCCCAAUCCAUCCGUGCUCACGAAAACCUGCUGGAGGCACUCGAUAUCCAUCCUCACCUUGCUUCAUAUAUCCGACACCUUCGCCUAAAGAACCUUGAAAACGAGAGCUCACGCGGCGGGAAAGUUACAAGCUGGGUCAAUGAAAGUCUGUCCCUCGCUCGAGUACUUAGGAGACUCACUAAUGUCCGAUCAUUGAUACUAUUUCGUGUUGGAUAUCCCACCAUCCUUCCCACUCUUCAGGAAGCCAUACGGAACCUCUUCCAGCUCGGUUCAAUCACCAGUUUGGACAUUUCCUAUGCGACCUUCCCUUCCUUUUCACAAUUCAUAGGCUUCAUCUCUAGCCCAAAGCUUCCCACGUUCAUUUCCUUAUCAUCCCUUAAAUUCCUUGAGGAGGGCUUUUCUGAGACCCCUUUCACGGAUGGCGUCACCCUUACAACACCCGGUUCUCGUCCCAUCACCCGUCUCCACCUCUCGCUCAUUCACAUCAUGCCUUUCAUAUCGUGUUUCGCUUCGCCUCACUGCCCGUUUGAUUUUACGAGUUUGGAAACCCUGCAUUUGCACGCGCUGCGCGAUAUUGGCCAUGGGAGUCAUUCGAUGAUGGAUCUUUUUCGACUCGUCGGCAACAGCCUGAAGCACCUAGAACUUGAAAUGAUACUGGGCAAUGCCAUCGGUUUUCUUGACCUCCUUCCUAGUCUCAAGACGCUUACGCUUGCAAUACAGCAAACAGUGGAUUAUAGUCCUGUUCCCCGGAUUACGUCCCUUUUGACUGCCUCUACAUCACCACCAACAAAUAUCGAGUCAAUUAACCUUCAUUUCGAUGUUUUCGAGCUCAGAGCAGGGUUCCUACCAACAUUUAAGGCUUGGAGGACCCUGGAUUCCCUGUUUUCCGAUGUAUCACGAUUCCCCGCGUUGAAAACUGUGACGAUACAUCUUCCUAACGAUUCAGCCCUCCCACUGAACGUUGUCGAGGAGCAGUUUCAGACACUAAUGGCGGAUGACAGACUGAAGGUGGUGAAGGGUUUGAUGAUCUUAAAAUCACUGAGAAUGUAG